GCCUCACACACAGGAAGCCAAAGCAAUCCUCAAAACGGUGCGUUUCGCUCCUCUCUCUAAAAAUAACAUACUAACUUCUCUUUCUCUCUCUUAAACUUUCUCCCACUAAAACACACUAUCUAUAUGGAGGCGCCGGAAUACUUCGUCGGAGGCUAUUUUGGCGCCGGAGGAGCCGAACAGUUCUCUCUGUCGGAAAAGCGCCACUCCGACCAGAAAACUGGCGAGCCUUUCGCCAUUGACGACCUCCUCGACUUCUCCCAUGCGGAUGCCAUUAUGUCCGACGGUUUCUUCGACAAUGUCACCGGAAACUCCACUGACUCCUCCACUGUCACCGCCGUCGACAGCUGCAACUCCUCAAUUUCCGGCAGCGACAACCACUUCGCCACCGCCAUUGUCCCCCGCUGCUACCACAGCGAUCCUCAAUUCUCCGGAGAACUCUGCGUUCCGUAUGAUGAAAUGGCGGAACUGGAAUGGCUCUCGAACUUCGUGGAAGACUCGUUCUCCGCCGAGGAGGAGCUGAAGACGCUGCAGCUGCUCUCGGGCGGCGGCGCCGCGUCCACCGCCAUUGGCGCGAAACCGCAGACGCCGGAGUCCUCCUCCUCCACCGACACGCUUCCGCCGUUCGCCUCCGACGGCACCUUGCGAAACGCACCGUUUCUCCACUCGGAAACUCCUCGCCCAGGGAAGGCACGCAGCAAGCGCUCACGCGCGGCGCCGGGGGACUGGUCCACGCGCCUGCUCCACCUGGUCGCGCCGGAGAAGGAGAAGCCGCCGCAGGCGAAGAAGAGAGAGGGAACGAAUGUGGAGUGUUCCGGACGCAAAUGCCUUCACUGCGGCGCGGAGAAGACGCCGCAGUGGCGAACGGGACCGAUGGGACCGAAAACUCUAUGCAACGCGUGCGGCGUGAGGUUCAAGUCCGGGAGGCUGGUGCCGGAAUACCGGCCGGCGGCGAGUCCAACGUUCAUGUCAACGAAGCAUUCGAAUUCGCAUCGGAAGGUUUUGGAGCUCAGGCGGCAGAAGGAGAUGCAACGACAGCAGCAUCAUCAGCAGUUGAUGAGUCAAAGUUCAAUUUUCGGCGUAUCCAACGGUGGAGAUGAAUUCUCGAUCCAUCAUCAUCAUCAUAAUCAUCACCUCCAUUGUGGGCCAGACUUUAGACACGUUAUUUAGACUACCUAGUUUUUAAAUUUUCAUUUUAAUUUUAAUUUAGGGUGCAGGUCUAAGUUUAAACUAUCGUCAGCUUCAGCACUUCUUUUUUCUUAUCUGAAAAAUUUUGUCUUAUGAAUUUGAAUUCUUAGCUUUUUUUUUCUUCUAA